CCCCUUCCAACCAUCCACAAUCUCAUUCACUGAGUAGCCGGUUUGGGGACAACAACAGCCUACCUCCUCCUCCUGCCCUGUGAUUCUGCGUUGCUGUUGGGACAGAAUCAAGCUACAGUGAGGACUUCAUGCGGUGACAAGUAACAAAGAGCUAUCAAAUCGAUCACCAUUGGAAAACGGCAGACAAGCAAAAGGAUGAUACGUUUACUCGUUUGUAAAGAAGAUGUCUGCGAAGAUGUGAUGGAUGUGGCCGCUCGAUAACACACCAGCUGUGUUGUAAUUUGGCUUGUUUAUCGUUAGCCCAUUGUCGGAAAACAAAAGCGUAUAUUUAUGGUAUGGAUAAUUUAAACGUAGACAUGAUGCUUUUGCUUUUCUUUAUGUCGGCAAUAACGGUAGAAAAGGACAUCGGUACAUACUGGCCUUUGUAUGGUGAUCUAGAAGAAGAAGAAGAAGCAAGGAUCUAGCCUACUCAUCAGAUGCAACGCAGAGGAGCAGUCUGUGAAAUAAAAAAAAUGCUUCACUGCAAACAGCAAUGCAGAUAAAUCAUGUUCGAAGCCAUAGUGGCCCACACCUUUUCGAUUCAUCCUCUGACAGGGCUGUUCAGUCAUUUUAGCUUUCAGCCUUUCUACAGUAUAUGCGUAUGUGGCUGUAACCAUUCAGUCUCGGUUUAGUGGCCAGAAAUAUAGAUUUGAACACUUAAACCAGUUUUACAAUGGCUUCACCUGGUAGUGAGGAGACUGGGGGCGACUUAUCUGUAUCCCUUGAAGUACAUGAGUUCCAAUGUUCAUAUGAGGAGCCGGGGAAUUAUUUCAAAUCUAAAAGUCUACCGAUUCUCAAUGGUUCCUGUCAGUUGGGCAGUGAGACUUUGGAACCGAGAUUAGUGAACACAACUCAAACCUUAAAUGCUGAGGAGAGCUCUGUGCUGAGCGAUCUACCGCAGAAAGCGGAGUCAAGUCAGGCAGAUUCUCCCGCAAGGACUGACUUAUCACCCUCCAUGUCCAGCAUGGUUGGUUUGAGCAGCUCUGUGAGAACAGAUGGCAACAAGAGCAAAAAAAUAGGCUUUUCCCUUUCAAAAUUCAUCAACUUUCCUGCGCGGAAGUACAUUAGAGUGAUCCUCUCUGACUCUCGCUGUUUUUUAUUUUGUAUGUGUUACUUGACUUUUAUUCAGUCAUUGAUGGUGUCUGGCUACUUGAGCAGCGUCAUCACCACCAUAGAGAAGAGAUAUAGUCUCAGGAGCUCCGAGUCAGGACUGCUGGUCAGCUGCUUUGACAUUGGCAGCCUUCUGGUGGUGGUCUUCAUCAGCUAUUUUGGGGGUCGAGGACAAAGGCCACGGUGGUUGGCAGUGGGCGGGGUCUUCAUCGCCGUGGGAGCGGCCCUGUUCUCCUUACCUCAUUUCAUAUCCCCUCCCUACAAAAUUCUGGAGGUCAACUCCUCCACGGGCAAUGAGGGCCUGUGUAUGAAUGCCAAUGGCAGCCGGGAUGCCCCCGAUGUGUCCUCCUGCCCCAGAGACCAGGAGGGCAACGAGCACUCGGUGUAUGUGGCACUGUUCAUCUGUGCCCAGAUUCUAGUUGGGAUGGGAUCCACUCCCAUCUAUACUCUCGGGCCAACCUACCUGGACGACAACGUCAAGAAAGAGAACGCAUCCCUGUACCUUGCCAUCAUGUACGUGAUGGGCGCUUUGGGUCCAGCGGCAGGCUACCUUCUGGGAGGGGUUCUGAUCGGGUUCUACGUCGAUCCCAAAACCAUCGUCAACAUUGAUCAGAGUGACCCUCGCUUCGUUGGCAACUGGUGGAGCGGGUUCCUGCUCUGCGCCAUCGCCAUGCUGCUGGUCAUCUUCCCCAUGUUCACCUUCCCCAAGAAGCUCCCUCCCCGACACAAGAAGAGGAAGAAGAAAAAGAUGAGCUCGGACGACGUGUCCAGCGACGACGACGUGAUGAAGGAGAAGUCCGGGGGCAAGGGCCAAACGGUCACUUCCUCCAUGGGCUUCGGAAAGGACAUCAAAGACCUCCCCAAGGCUGCGGUCAGGAUCCUGAGCAACAUGACGUUCCUGUUCGUGAGCCUGUCCUACACGGCCGAGAGCGCCAUCGUCACCGCCUUCAUAACCUUCAUUCCCAAGUUCAUCGAGUCUCAGUUCGGCAUUCCGGCUUCCAACGCCAGCAUCUACACUGGCGUGAUCAUCGUGCCCAGUGCUGGGGUGGGCAUCGUUCUGGGCGGCUACAUCAUUAAGAAGCUGAAGCUGGGCGCCCGGGAGUCCGCCAAGCUGGCCAUGAUCUGCAGCGGCGUGUCUCUGCUCUGCUUCUCCACGCUCUUCAUUGUGGGCUGUGAGAGCAUCAACCUGGGAGGCAUCAACAUCCCAUACACCACCGGCCCGACGCUGACCAUGGCGCACAGAAACCUCACGGGCAGCUGCAAUGUCAACUGCGGCUGUAAGAUCCACGAGUACGCUCCCGUGUGCGGCUCCGACGGCAUCACGUACUUUAACCCCUGCCUGGCCGGGUGCAGCAGCGUGGGCAACGACAGCACAGGGAUCCGGAACUACACGGAGUGCGCCUGCGUCCAGAGCAGACAGGUCAUCACUCCGCCCACGGGCGGCCAGGGCAACCAACUCCAGCUGGUCAUCGUCAAGACCUACCUGAACGAGAACGGCCACGCCCUGUCGGGGAAGUGCGACCGCACCUGCAACACGCUCAUACCCUUCCUCAUCUUCCUCUUCAUCGUCACGCUCAUCACGGCCUGCGCCCAGCCCUCCGCCAUUAUUGUAACACUCAGGUCAGUGGAUGAGCAGGAGAGACCUUUUGCACUAGGAAUGCAGUUUGUUCUACUCAGAACACUUGCCUACAUUCCCACGCCCAUCUACUUUGGCGCGGUCAUCGACACCACCUGCAUGCUGUGGCAGCAGGACUGCGGGGUGCAUGGCUCCUGCUGGGAGUACGACGUCACCUCCUUCCGCUUCGUGUACUUCGGCCUGGCCGCCAGCCUCAAGUUCGUGGGCUUCAUCUUCAUCUUCCUCACCUGGUACUCCAUCAAGUACAAGGAGGACCGUCUCCAGCGCUGGCACCCGCACGCCGACCCCCUGGGCACGGUGAGCGAGCUCAUCUGCCACGCCGGCGGCCACAAGAGCCACGCCCGGACCCGGUCCUGCCCCGCCUUCACCCCCCGGCUGGAGCCGCCCUACGGCCCCGCCCUCAACCACGGCGUCAGCAGCCAGAGCUGCCCCGGCAACACCCUCAAAGCAAUAACCCCGCCCCCUCCCCGCUCGCCACGGGAGGUCACCGCCCCCGUGUGAGGACGGGGGCUAUGCCCCGCCCUACCCCCCGGCCCGUCCCGCCUCCCUGUGCCCAAACAUGUGCCUUCCUGUUCUACGCCCCACCCCGUAUCUCUCUCUCUCUCUCUCUCUCUCUCUCUCUCUCUCUCUCAGGCCCCUCAGGGGCCACACACACAGGCCCCCCACACACCACCGGUGCACGACCAGCGCUAAAGCUGGAGUCCUCAGUGUAGCCCUCAUCUCAUCUGUGACUCAUUUUCAGCUCACUCUGUUUUUAUUUUAUUUUUUUGAAGAGAAAAAACAAGGAAAAAAUACAAUUUGUAUUCAGUAUUAUUUUUAUUUCAUUACUGUUUUCGAGUGAAUCCUGGGACAGCAGUAACCCCCCGCGGGAAGACUCUUCACGCAUAUCAUCGACUCCUAUAUCCCAAAUGCAAGUACAGAAUUUCAGAAUACAUUUUUAAUACAAUUAAAUUAAUAAAAAUGUAUUUCCAAACAUGGUGCUACGUGGGGGGAAGACAUACUCUGAUUCACUCAGUCAUAGAUCUCGGGCUAGGAUGACUGACAGCACUGCUUCGCAAGCACAAAGGAAACCUGUACUAUGCAAGCUCCUCUCUCCUCUCCGGUCCCUGCAUUACAGUACUGUACCAAGAAUCUGUGCUUUCACUUCUACCGCUGGGGGUGAACAUGCAUAUCAUAUUCAUGUGCGCAUGAAAUAUUUGCCAUCCAUGCCAUUUAAACGUCCUGCACUCGUUCCGUUUUCUCAUUAAGGUAGUCCAUCCCCAUUUCUACUCUUCCUCCAGUGCUGUCAUUGUGACCCUGUACCUUAAAGGGUUUUGGAGACUCCAUGAAUUGGCUCUAUGGGAGCCGGUUGUUUAGGGAGCGUACCUGUUUGAGUUAGCCUCCUCUGGCCCCACCCUCUCACUCUCCAGGAUCACAGAGUGUAUUUGUUUGCUACCAGACCGGGUUGGACUCGCUCCACCCCAAAACUAAGGGGCACAGAGCUCGCUGUGUUUACCGUCGCAGUCAUCCGUGGAGUCGGUGUCAUCUCAGACAUGGAGCAUCCCACAUGGUGUUAGUGUGGGCCAUGUUAAAGUGCUGUACAAUACUGUGUAUAUUCUGAGUGGGCGGG